AUGAGCCUCACCAUUGCAUUCUUGAUAUCUCUUCUCCCUCUGUUUCGUGCCACUUUCAUUCCGCACCCACCGCAAGUGCAGGUGGAAGGCGUAGCCCAUGCUGCAGGAACCAACUUUCUGUUCGCUGACCUUCGAACUGGUGAUAUCUACCUCGCCGACGUAUCCACACGUCUCGUAACACGGGCCGUGCGAGCCCCGCCAAAUCGCACCUCUGUCGGAAUCCACAGUCGAAAGGGUCGAAUCUUUGCCGCAGGAGGAGGCGCUCCGUUCUUCCCUGUUGCUAACCUGUACGUUUACGACACGGCUACUGGAAACGAAAUCGCUGCAUGCCCAGUAAGGGAUGAAAAUGCGCUGGUCAACGAUGUUAUUGCGGAUCGUGACUACGCCUACUACACAGACUCUUUGCUCGGAAGAAUCUACAAGCUCUCUCUCGCCAAAUUGCCCGAAUGUGAUAUCGACACCAUUCACCUACCGCAACCGCUGUUCAAAUCGGACUUGGCAAGCGCGAACGGGCUCGUCAAAUACAAGGGCGGAAUUAUCCUUGUUCAUUUAGAUCUAGGCACCAUCUUCUUCGUCGAUCUCUUGAACCGAAACAGAGUGCAACAAAUCCUCCCGCCAGGUUCUAUGCUUGGCGCAGAUGGCCUGGACAUUGAUAGGAAGAAAGGGGGCUCCUUGCUGUUCGUCGCGCAGAAUAGAGAAAAUCUGAUAUCCCAAUGGAGACUUGGCAUGGGCGAUGAUCGUAAAGUCUCCGCCGUGUUUCUACGAAAGUACUCGUCGCCCCAGUUUGGCUUUCCGACGACUGUGGCAGUCACAGGAGACUACAUCGUCGCCCCGACUAGCAGGUUUGAUACGGUGGAAUUCGCCGAGCCGAUACCCGACAACGUGACGCUUGGCCUGGUCGUCUUCCGACGAUAGACCUUCUGAUGUAAUGCGUUUCUACAUGGAACAGAAGAACGCCCUCGAUCCGAUGUAGGGUGUCUGCUUCGCGUCCUGCGCGAAGCAGACUCAACUGGCGUUUGAUUUAUCUCCCUCUUGCGACGUUUCUAGUCUUAAUAUACCUCGGCGACCUUGUCGUAGACCAGCUGAUUCAGGCAAUCUUGAACUAGUAGUGCACAGAAAGGACACUCUUCAAAUAAUGUAUGUAGCUUGCUCCUGUGAAACGAUCUGCAGCGCAGAUUGUUGAGUACCCACAUUACACAAGGAAGGAAAGCGAGAAAACAAAGACGACGCCCUAGUGCAAAUUCCUCUCAUAUACAAUGCUCUAGCGGUCUUCAAGCUUUGUGCCUCACUUUUCCUUUUUCGUGAAGUUCUCUUGCACGUUCACACUCGCCCUUGUGAUGCGGAGAUUACCUGUGAAAUCGACCGAGAACUAUCGCGCGGGAAGGGUCGCUCGUUCUUUUCACCUUCACAUAUGCCCUUUGUCAACGCCUAUGGCGUCCCGCAGUGACGACCCAGGAAUCCCAAAAUCGUUCUCAAGACUAUUGCACAGGCGAGAGAUGUUCAGCCUCCGUCGAUGCCCACGGCCAUCUUCAGGUUCCAUUCUCAGAAUUGUACGUUUGUGGCAUCCGCAAACGUGUCCGUCUGCGAUCCUUGUGAUCUUGAUAAGAGCAGAUUUAGACCCCCACCUGUGGGAUGCCUACCGCAAUGAUCGUGAGUUCUCGCGCCGAUUGGUGUCUUCGUUGAGUAAUCGUCCGCUUAUACUCGUGUCCCAGACGCGAUCUCGCGUUCAGUGCUCGAGAGCGGGGAAGACGGCUCCGUCUGCCCGAAGGCAUCCACCUCUGCAAGCCACGACUGUCUCCUUUCCUGGCGACUCUGCUUCCAGCGACUGUUCGCACGCGUAAACGCCCUGCUUGUCUCGCGGGUAUAUUUGGCCUUUGGUGCCAUGGGUGAAUGUGUCGUGUGAAAAUGUGCCUUAUCGCCAUCACUCAAUUGCGGCCCCUCAAGUUCUUUCUUAAUACUAUGCUCGAGUUCGUCUCGCGCCUUCCGUUCGUCUUGUAUGGUAGGUGCCUCAUCCAGUUUUGUAGAAAGCUGGCGUGUCCUCCUUCUGCGCCUGUGAAAUCGCAGCACCUCAUGGGGACCGAGAGCCCUCACCUCGGGACGUAGUAAAUCAUUGGUCAUUUUCCGCGACUGCCAAAACCCGACCAGCUUUGA